GGGUCCUUUUUGCUUUCAAAUGCAAAGAAAAGCAGAAAUACUCAUGCCUCUCUCAGCUGAAUUGUGGUUUGUAUGUGUUUGAAGAGAUAGGGAAUUGAGUUUUUACUGGGUACUCAAUUCCACUACCUGGAGAGUUUUAAAGAUACACAAGAUCAUUAGACAAAAUGUGCAGUAAUCCCUAGUCCUGUAGCUGAGGGAAGAGGUGUCAGCCAGCUACUGGGAGUGGCACAUGCUCCGUACAGGGGUACACUGCUGGAGGGGCUGGAUGGUACAGGUAGGGUUUGGAGCUGCUGCAGCUCUUCCCACGAAGUCAUGCUCCACAAAGUGUGCCUCAUGCAAACCCAGACUCUGUUUCAGAGUACACCUGCUGGUUUUGGAGAUAGACCACCUGCUUCAGCAGUUUUCCCCUCUACCCAGGUGGCAUGGAUGAGCUCUACUUAAACAAAGUUUAAAUAAUCAACUUUUGAUGAAAACGGAUUUGUUCUGCACUGGAAAGAAUACUUUGGGGAACACAUUUUACCUGUAAACACUAUAUGCACAUAGUCACAAAAAUAUUGAAUUCCUGAAACUUCCUUUUGUGGUGCAUUAGGGUGAUAGGAGUUCAGCUGCUCAGAAAAUUAAUCAACGUUCUUUCUCUUCUCGGCUCCGCUUACUUGGGAGGGCUUCAGCAGAAGAAAGGUCUCCUUUGGAGUAUCUGGAUACUCUGUAUUCAAACCAAAGUUGUGCUUUGUACAAGGCUAAAGUGAAAAACAAUGUAUUAUCUUUCCUCUGCUCUCAGAGCAUUUUCGACAUCAUCUCAGAGGGAGCUCAGAACAGCCCCCGGGGAAGUCAUUGUUGUCACUUCAAACGUGGCUGUCACCCAGGCAGCAGGCAGAGCACUGCGAGCUCAAAGCUGUGGUAACUUUAGUAAGUGUGACAUUCACUGGGCAGAAUGUGAGGUCCUGUUGCUACAAUACACACAUAUUUUUUGCCCUUACGACCAGAGGGAGAGACAGUGGGGCCAUAUACUUCAGCAACUAUGAUCCAGCACAUUGGGAAGCUCUAUAGGUCUGCAGUGUCUUCAUUCCUCUUCUUCUUGGUGGUGGAUGUUGGUGUUACUGGUGGAAGUGCAAGCAAGGAGAAUGUAGCAGCUGUAACUCGUGUAACAGCACAGCCUUUGUCGCUGACAACACUUGAGCCAUGGAACCUUUUGGUGACUCAAACACCAGCCAAGGAGAAAGCCAAAGAGGGUGAAACUGUGGUCUUAAAUUGCCAUUUUAACAGUCCACGACAUCCCUCCCUGAGUGACCUGAUGGUGAAGUGGUACAAAGAAGAUGAAAAGGGGCAGAUGAACCUGCUAGAAAACAAUGUAACCAUCUUGCCAAAUAACUCCAGGGUCUUCAUGACUGGAGACUUGUCCCAAGGGGAUGCCUCCCUGGUUAUCCUCAAUGUGACAACCAGUGACCAUGGUAUUUAUUUCUGUGAGGUUACACUUCCGGAUGGGAAGGUGGCGACAGGAGAUGGCACAAAGCUCAGGAUUAAGAGGGCUCUGGGCUUGUUUGGUAUAGAAGAAUCCAUUGGAACAAUCAUUGGGGUUGUGGCAGCUGGUAUUGGAGGCAUAGUGGUUCUGAUCAUUGUUUUAACCCCCCAGAUGAGGAAGUGCAUCCUCUGCAUGAGACAAGAGUCUCGCCAAAGCAUUGCUUGAGGUGCAACAUUACAGGAGCUGCUGGAAGAUGCAACGCCUGCAGGUGGAACAACUCCUGAUGCCCUGUAAGCCAAAAAAUGGACCUCUAGACAGAAUAAAACCUUUGCCUCUA